UGGUCAUCUCAGCCGCCUCUAGCUAGCUGGCUUAGUUUCUUUCUUCAUAUGGAGAAGUAUCAAAUGUUCUUCCCUUGCUCCUCUUCUACAUCAUCAGCAAACUAUGAUCCCAUGAUCCCUAUCUCUGCAACAAAUAAUAUUACUACAGAUGAUCAUCAUAUGGGAAUGGGAAGCUCUCAAGUUUACAACUACUUUGACGGCCGCGAUCAAAGUUCAAAUGGACUUCUGGCGUUAGAUAAUCAGAAGGAAACAACGCUGGGAGAGAGGAGAGAAGUUUUGAUAAACAAAGAUCAUCAUCGGUACCUGCAGCAGCAAUAUUCUGAUCCGACUACUACUGCAAGUGCAAACAUUAAUAUUAAUAAUGUUGUUGUUGGAGCUGAUCAAAAUCCUCAUGAGGCCACUAAUUCAGGAAACAAGAACAAGGGGGAGAAGAAGACGAGGAAGCCCAAAUAUGCUUUUCAAACAAGAAGUCAGGUUGAUAUACUUGACGAUGGCUACCGGUGGAGAAAAUAUGGUCAAAAGGCGGUCAAAAACAACAAAUUUCCCAGAAGCUACUACCGAUGUACGUACCAAGGGUGCAAUGUGAAAAAGCAAGUCCAACGCCUAACCCAGGAUGAAGGCAUUGUGGUGACCACUUACGAAGGGAUGCACACCCAUCCAAUUGAGAAGCCUUCUGAUAACUUUGAACAUAUCUUGAAUCAGAUGCAAAUCUACACCCCCUUCUGAUUCUGAAGCAUCAUCACAUCAUCAUCAAUGCAGAUAUAAAUUAAGGAUUCUGAAGCAUCAUCACAUCAUCAUCAAUGCAGAUAUAAAUUAAGGAUUCUGAAGCAUCAUCACAUCAUCAUCAAUGCAGAUAUAAAUUAAGGAAAUCAUAUGCAUGCAGCAUGCAGCAUGCUUUUGUAAAAGAGAACAACUCUUCUAAACAUUACAGACAUUAUUUCUCUAUAUAUAUGGAAAUAAGUUUGUGAUUCAAAUUACUUUUAUUAGUUAGAGCUGUACUGUAACUAGUUUGUGCUCAUGGCAUCAAUUGAUUUAAGUAUU